AUGGCUACACCAGCAGCAGCGCCAUUUCAAUUCCCUCCAACCUAUAACUUCCCCCCCUUCUUCACCCCGCAACCAAACACCAAUACCCGUGAAGCUCAACUCCAAAAAUGGUCCUCGUUGAUUCAAGCUUGGUGCCGACACCAUAAACAAUACCGGCUCUCUCUCGUUGAAGCUGUGGAUAGUCCGCUUUUUCAUAAUGCCUCUCUGCGCAAGCGUCUAGAUCUCCGCGAAGCUCGCAAUGUGAUAGACUGGAUGACUAAGAGUGAAGAGGAAGGAGGCGGAGGUCGGCGUGCGGAAUGGAUUGAUGGUUCCAGUGGAAGUCAAGGCCCGAAGGCUGUAGCAUGGAUUUGGUGGCGACGACCGGAGGAAUGGGCGGAUGUUGUAGUAGAUUGGGUGGAAGGGACUGGCCAGAAGGGAGCAGUGUUGACGGUUUAUGAACUUUUGCAAGGAGAAGCAACUGAGUCUCAAGAGUUCUACGGCAUGGACAACGAAGCUAUGAUGAAGACGUUGAAUAUCCUAGUUAAGCGCGGCAAGGCGCAAGUAUUCGGAAGUGAGGGACAGGAAGGUGUCAAGUUCUUCUGA